ACUGUGGAGUGUGGAUUCGAGUGGACUCUUCAAACUGUCUUCUAAACUUUUGUCUUUCCGUAUUGGUUCUUGUGGUCGAAAGGUUGACUCCAUACAUAUUCGUAACCUCAGAAAAUGUCUGCACUUAUUAAUGAGAAAAUCUGGUUUGAUAAAACCGUAUACAGCGAUGCCGAAAGGCAUUACUAUGAAUCUCUUUCAAAGCGCGGAAAUGCUAAUCUAGAAGUUGGAUCAUCCUUGGCUAGUGAAGUAGCUAAGGCAAGGCAACACAUCAAAAACUCUUUAGAGUGUAUGGAAAGUGUCGCUUCAUUAGCCGGUGUUCCUAACACAGAAAUAAACAACAAACUUAUCAGCCUAGAAAAAGAUAAUGCAGACCUCAAAAAGGCCCUUGAUGACCUUCGUAAACUCGUCAUCAGCCUACAAGCAAGAGUAGAAUCUUUGGAGUCUCCUUCUGGUGCUAAAGCUGAAGCUCCUAAACCAGCUGCAGCACCAAAGAAAGCCCAAGAACCAGAAGAUGAUGAUGACGUAGAUCUCUUUGGUUCAGAUGAAGAUGAAGAAGAAAGUGCAGAGGCAGCUAAACUGAGAGAGGAACGCUUAGCUGCUUAUAAUGCAAAGAAAUCUAAAAAACCAGUCUUGAUCGCGAAAUCAAAUAUAAUAUUGGAUAUCAAGCCUUGGGAUGAUGAAACCGACAUGGCCGCUAUGGAGAAGGCUGUAAGGGAAAUAAGCACCGAUGGUCUUCUGUGGGGAGCGGCUAAGCUCGUGCCUCUCGCGUACGGUAUACACAAACUGCAGAUAUCUUGCGUCGUAGAGGACGACAAGGUUUCAGUUGACUGGUUGACAGAAGAGAUUGAAAAGAUUGAAGAUUUUGUUCAAAGUGUAGACAUUGCAGCAUUUAACAAAGUUUAAUUGAAAACGAAGACUGUGCCUGUACCAUCUUUAAUUUUUCAAUAAAAGAAUCAGCAAAAGCGA